GCAAGUGGACGAAAGCCGGUUGGGGUUUCAGGGCGGACCGGAAAGAAUCUAGAGAAGUCUCAGCACCAUGGCGGGUCCUGUCAGCUUGCGAGAGCUUCUAAUGGGAGCUUCAUCCUGGACCGGCUCUGAAAGUCCGGAGGGAUCCCCUACAGAGGGCGGAGGGAGCGUGGCUGGUGGACCGGAGCCUCCUUGGCGAGAGGAUGAGAUCUGCGUGGUGGGAAUCUUCGGCAAGACGGCUCUGCGACUGAAUUCCGAGAAGUUCUCACUUGUGAACACGGUUUGCGACCGACAGGUCUUUCCCCUCUUUCGCCACCAAGAUCUUGGGGAUACAGGGCCUGGAAUCAGGACCGAGGCUGGAGCCAUCGGGGAGGCUGGUGGAGCCGGAGACGCUGGGGCUGGGACGGGGGAUUCGGUUCGGGGAGGUGUAGCUGCCGCUGACGGUAACCGAACUGAGCCGGGCUCCCAGGACUACAGCCUUCUGCAGGCCUAUUACAAUCAGGAGAGCAAAGUUCUUUAUCUUCUUCUCACUUCCAUCUGUGACAAUUCGCAGCUUCUGCGGGCUUGUCAUGCCCUUCAGAGCGGGGAAGCUGGAGGUGGCCUCUCUUUACCUCAUGCUGAAGCUCACGAGUUCUGGAAGCAUCAAGAGAAGCUGCAGUGUCUCAGUCUCCUUUACCUUUUCUCCGUCUGUCACAUCCUGCUUCUGGUCCAUCCCACUUGUUCCUUUGACAUCACUUACGAUCGAGUAUUCAGAGCCCUGGAUGGACUCAGACAGAAAGUACUGCCCCUCCUCAAAACAGCCAUUAAGGAUUGUCCAGUUGGCAAAGACUGGAAGCUAAACUGCCGACCUUGCCCACCUAGACUCCUUUUCCUCUUUCAACUCAAUGGAGCCCUCAAGGUGGAACCCCCUCGGAGCCAAGACCCAGCUCAUCCAGACAAGCCCAAGAAGCAUUCUCCCAAAAGGAGACUGCAACAUGCCCUGGAGGACCAGAUCUAUAGAAUCUUUAGGAAGAGUCGUGUCUUGACUAAUCAGAGUAUCAAUUGCCUCUUUACUGUGCCUGCCAACCAAGCUUUUGUGUACAUAGUUCCAGGAAGCCAAGAGGAGGACCCAGUAGGCAUGUUGCUGGACCAACUUAGGAGUCAUUGUACUGUGAAGGACCCAGAAUCUUUGCUGGUGCCUGCACCCCUUUCUGGGCCCAGGCGAUACCAGGUGAUGAGGCAGCAUAGCCGGCAGCAGCUUUCUUUCCACAUUGACAGCAGCAGUUCCAGUUCUUCAGGGCAGCUAGUGGAUUUCACUCUUCGGGAAUUUCUGUGGCAGCAUGUGGAGCUAGUCCUCAGCAAGAAAGGUUUUGAUGACAGUGUGGGCAGGAACCCACAGCCUUCCCAUUUUGAACUUCCCACUUACCAGAAGUGGAUCUCAGCAGCUUCAAAACUGUAUGAAGUAGCUAUUGAUGGGAAAGAGGAGGACCUGGGGUCUCCCACGGGGGAGCUAACAUCUAAGAUUUUAAGCAGUAUUAAAGUCUUGGAAGGGUUUUUGGAUAUUGACACCAAAUUCUCAGAAAACCGGUGCCAAAAAGCUUUGCCCAUGGCCCAUAGUGCCUAUCAGUCAAAUUUGCCUCAUAAUUACACAAUGACUGUCCAUAAGAAUCAGCUUGCUCAGGCUCUUCGAGUGUACAGUCAACAUGCUAGGGGUCCAGCCUUUCACAAAUAUGCCAUGCAGUUACACGAGGACUGCUACAAGUUUUGGAGCAAUGGCCAUCAGCUCUGUGAGGAGAGGAGUUUAACUGAUCAACACUGUGUACAUAAAUUUCACUCAUUACCUAAAUCAGGAGAAAAACCAGAGGCUGAUAGAAAUCCUCCUGUGCUGUAUCACAAUAGCCGAGCUCGAUCUACUGGUGCCUGUAACUGUGGAAGGAAACAAGCACCUCGAGAUGAUCCCUUUGAUAUCAAGGCAGCUAACUAUGACUUUUAUCAGCUUCUGGAAGAAAAAUGUUGUGGAAAACUGGAUCAUAUCAAUUUCCCAGUAUUUGAACCAAGUACUCCAGAUCCUGCUCCUGCCAAAAAUGAAUCUUCUCCUGCCCCUCCAGAUGCAGAUGCUGAUAAACUUAAAGAAAAAGAACCUCAGACUCAAGGAGAGAGCACAAGCCUGAGUUUAGCUUUGAGUUUAGGCCAAUCCACAGAUAGUUUAGGUACCUAUCCAGCUGAUCCACAAGCAGGAGGAGAUAAUCCAGAAGUUCAUGGUCAAGGAGAAGUAAAAACUGAGAAGAGACCAAACUUGGUUGAUAGACAGGCAUCUACAGUUGAGUAUCUCCCAGGCAUGCUACAUUCAAAUUGCCCUAAAGGUCUCCUACCCAAAUUCUCCAGCUGGUCAUUAGUUAAACUAGGCCCUGCUAAGUCUUACAAUUUUCAUACAGGUUUAGACCAACAGGGCUUCAUUCCAGGAACAAACUAUCUUAUGCCUUGGGACAUUGUCAUCAGGACUAGAGCUGAAGAUGAAGGAGACUUAGACACAAAUUCUUGGCCUGCUCCAAAUAAAGCUAUUCCUGGAAAGAGAAGUGCAGUUGUAAUGGGAAGAGGAAGACGGAGAGAUGACAUAGCUCGAGCAUUUGUGGGGUUUGAAUAUGAAGACUCUAGAGGUCGGAGGUUUAUGUGCUCAGGACCUGACAAAGUAAUGAAAGUAAUGGGAAGUGGGCCAAAGGAGUCUGCUUUAAAAGCCUUGAAUAGUGAUAUGCCAUUAUAUAUUCUGUCAUCAUCUCAGGGUAGAGGGCUAAAACCACAUUAUGCUCAACUUAUGAGGCUUUUUGUUGUAGUUCCUGAUGCUCCUUUGCAGAUAAUACUAAUGCCCCAGGUUCAACCAGGCCCACCACCGUGUCCAGUAUUCUACCCAGAAAAACAAGAAAUCACUCUCCCACCAGAUGGCCUCUGGGUUUUGAGAUUUCCUUAUGCAUAUGUGACUGAGAGAGGACCUUGUUUCCCUCCUAAGGAAAACGUGCAGUUAAUGAGUUACAAGGUGCUCCGUGGAGUUCUGAAAGCAGUAACACAAUAAGUGUUUUACAACCAAUUCGAUCUUAAAGCUGGUGUUUGGUUUUGGUGUGUUUGGGGAGGGGGGUGGUUUUGGUUUUGGUGUUGGUACAUAUAUGCUGUGUUUUCUUGAAUUCAAAAUGUGCUUUGGUUACAGGAGUUCAGUAUUGGGACAGUAAUUGUUCCACUAUUUCAUGAUACUAUUGAUAUUUAUUGUAAAUGGGCCUACAGCUUGCUAAUAAACAUUGGUUCUUCUAGAAAAGGACAUCAAAUACCUGGUUGAUACCUCUAUUUUCUUUUGCUCCUGUUUCACUGUCCAUAAUAAAAUAUGUUUCUAUCAUAACUGAAUGUUACAUAAUCAUGUUGAGCCAAAACUUUGUUUUGGUUCAAAUGAUGUUUUAGCUGGGAUUUUCCUUAAGAUGCCACUUCUGAAAUUAUCUUCAAAAUAAGAUGAUCCAGUAGGUAAUGGUAUGAGGAUUUAAUUGCAAAAAAAGCCCUAUUGUUUGGCUCACAAUUCUGGUACCGGAGUUAGGCUGUUUUGUUCUUACUAUUUUAGUCCUGAACUGAUAAGAUGUCAUAUUUUAUUUUUUAUUUUUUUAUUUUUAUUUUAUUUCAUUUUUUAAAUGAAUGCUAUCUGAACUAAAACUUUUUUUUACCCUUUUUCUUAAGUAAUCUCUACACCCAACAUGGGACUCCAACUCUGGAAAUUAACUUACAUUCUUCUUGCAUCUCAUCCUUAUUUUUAAUCCUAUUAAUUUUUCAUUCCUUGUAUAUCAGUUUUAACAAUCACAAUUGCUUUUGUACUAAGCAUGGUUUUUGGUUGGUUUUAUUAAGUAGUGCACGGCAUUUGGAAAAUACAGCUAGAUUGCUCUGUAGGACAUGUAUUAAUAGUUGGUUUUUUUUAAAGAUUUAUUUAUUUUAGGCAGCGAGAGACUGGGAGGAGGGGCAGAGGGAGCCAGAGAGGGAGAGAAGCAGACUCCCCACUGAGAAUGACACCAGACAUGGGGCUUGAUCUCAUGACCCUGAGAUCCUGGACUGAGCUGAAACCAAGAGUCCGAUGCUUACUCGACUGAGCCACCCAGGCACCCUUGUUUUGUUUUUUUAAUAGCCUUGAAUAACAGGGUGUGUAAACUUGUAGGUUAAAGGAACUGUAACAAAAUAGUUUGUAAGAACAAAUAAGGUAUCAAAAGAGCAAACUUGUCUUUUUUUUUGUUUCUUUUUUGAUGUCAUUACGUGAAAAAAUUUUACAUUCCUGCUUAAAUUAGUGAGUGAUUUUCCUUAAUUAUUUUUUUUUUAAGAUUUUAUUUAUUUAUUUGACAGAGAGAGACAUAGCGAGAGAGGGAACACAAGCAGGGGGACCGGGAGAAGGAGAGGCAGGCUUCCCGCAGAGCAGGGAGACCGAUGCGGGGCUCCAUCCUAGGACCCUGGGAUCAUGACCUGAGCUGAAGGCAGAUGCCCAACAACUGAGCCACCCAGGCGCCCCUCCUUAAUUAUUUUUGAUUACAGAAGACACCCUAAUUUGAAUUUCUGUAGUUUUUAAAUACAAAAUUUUUAUGCUAUUUGUAUUUACAGCCUGCUUAAAAGACAAUUGCAGAACUUCUUCAUGUUUUUAUCCACAAAUUGGUUUAGAGAAUGUUGCAUUAGAGAAAUGUGGACUAUACAAUUUGUAUUGCUUACUGCCUUUCACAUUAGUGAUAUAAACCUUAUUCAGCAAAUUUCCAAAGUGAUGAUUUUAUUAAAGAAAUUAUAUUUCGGGGUGCCUGGGUGCCUCAGUCGUUAAGUGUCUGCCUUCGGCUCAGGUCAUGAUCCCCGGGGUCCUGGGAUCGAGCCCCACAUCGAGCUCCCUGCUCAGCAGGGAGCCUGCUUCUCCCUCUCCCCUUGCUUGUGUUCCCUCUCUCGCUGUGUCUCUCUGUCAAAUAAAUAAAUAAAAUCUUAAAAAAAAAUUAUAUUUCUUCUGUAGCAGCAUUUGAAUUGUCCUUUGCUUAGCAGAUGUUUCUUUUUUUAUUGAGAUAUAAGCAGAUGAAUCAAAAUGAUUUUUUAAGAUGCACAUUUUACCAAUAUUUUAAUAUUUCUGAAUCGGGAUGCAUUUUUACAAUCAGUGUAACUUUUUAAUGUACUACUGCUUAUUUCCCCUGAAGAACUGUUAAGUUCAUUUAUAUUAAAUAGAUAAGAACCCCCCCAGGAAACUUUUUAAAAAUCUAGACACCUGGGCCCCGUAAGAGCAGGUGCCAAUUCAGGAGGCCUGGAAUAUGAUAAGGAAUUUGCAUCAAAAUGAUUUUUUUUAAAGAAUCACUAGGUCAGAAGGGACUUCACAGGAUAUCCUUUGGCCUAUUGGUUAGUCCGUUGUGUCUAUGAAAAGUUGUAUAGAAUUUUAAGAAGUAAAUUAUAUCUUAUUCAAGGAGUGCUUAUUAUUUAAAGGACUAAUAUGAUAAAUCUUUCCUUCAUGUAAAUUAUGUUAUUUUGAUUUUUUAAAAUGGCUUCACAUGUUGGUUUAAAGUUAGGUUCCCCGGGUGCCUGGGUGGCUCAGUCAUUAAGCAUCUGCUUUCGGCUCGGGUCGUGAUCCCAGGGUCCUGGGAUCGAGUCCCGCAUUGGGCUCCCUGCUCUGUGGGAAGCCUGCUUCUUCCUCUCCCACUCCCCCUACUUGUGUUCCUGCUCUCGCUUUCUCUCACUCUGUCAAAUAAAUAAAUAAAAUCUUUAAAAAAUAAAGUUAGGUUCCCUGUAGUACUUAAACAGGGAAUCUGUAUUUUAGUUGAAAAACAAACAAAAAACUUCCAAGGAACAGUAAAGCAAAGAAAAUUAGAAAAAUGGGACUAGGAAAGCCUGAUUCACAAAAAUAAUAGCAACUCUUUACUGAAUGCCACAGAAUAAUAAUAGCUAUUUCAUGAAUGUCAACUUGUUAGGUACUUUACUAAGCAUUUGCAUACAUUGCCUCUAAUCCUCAAAACGUUGCAAGAUAAAUGUAUUUUACAGAUCAAGAAAUUAAAGUUUGAAGUGGUUAAAUAAUUUGUCCAGGGUCACAUAGUAGGGAGUAGCAAAGUCAAUUUAAAUCAAGGACUCUGAUUUCAAAGCUGUACUCUUCCUGUGUCCUGCUUUCUUAAAAAUAAGAUUGAAAACUGCAUGUCAUUUCCUCCAACUGAAUAUCUGACUACGGUCUUAAGACUUGUGAAUGGGUGAGUUUUUGGGUGCCUAGGUGGCUCAGUCGGUUAAGUGUCUGCCUUCAGCUCAGGUCAUGAUCUUGGGGUCCUGGGAUCGAGCAGGAAGCCUGCUUCUCCCUCUGCCUGCCACUCCCCCAGCUUGUGUGCUCUCUCUCUCUCUGACAAAUCAAUAAAAUCUUUAAAAAAAAAGAAAAAUUGGGCAUGAUACCCCCAAAAUAUCUUAGUUUCUUUUAAGACUAUGAAUCUUGAUUCUCUCUAAACUGUAUUGAAUCUUUAUAUUAAACCAUCUCUCAUUCCAGAUUUUCUCCUGUAUGAAGUAGUACUAAAGUAGAUUGGAGCCAAAAAAAAAAAAAAAAAAAAAGAUUCUACUGCUUAAGAAACCUGGACAAGAGUACCUGGAUGGCUCAGUCAGGUGAGCAACCAACUGACUCUUGGUUUCAGUUCAGGUCAUGAUCUCCUGGGUCAGAUGGAUUGAGCCCCAUGUUGGGCUCUGCACUCGUCAGGGAGUCUGCUUAAGGAUUCUCUCCCACUGCCCUCACCCACCCACCCCUCUCUCUCAAAUAAAUAAAUAAAUCUAAAAAAAAAGAAAAGAAAAAGAAACCUAAACAAUUUACUCAAUUCUUGAGUAUUAUUUUCUCUAAAAUUGUAAUGAUUAAAUAAUAAAUAAUAAAAUGGUAAUGAUAAUUACUAUUUAUCACAAAGGAUGUCUGUGAGGAGUAAAGGAGUAUAUAUAAAGCUCCUAACAGAGGGGCAUAUAAAUAAAUUCUUGAUAAUGAUAUUUUAUCUUGAAUUCAUUUUUUAAAGGUAUCCCAUAAUUCCAAGUUUUGGAGAUGGUGAAUACAUUUUGGUUAGUUCUAGUCCUACCUUUUAUAAUCAGGUAAAGAGUGUCUAGUACAUGCAAAACCCUAUGUAAGCACCAUGACGUGUAGCAGUUUUGUAGACUUGAUUUGUACCUUUCCUCUUGUAUCUUUCUGUGGUCUUUUAACCCUGAUCUAAUUUUUGUUUGUUUAUGCUUCAGAUAUGACACCUCUCAAAUCCUUUGGCCAUUUCUCACUCCUUUCUGUCUCCUACAAUUUUGUGCCUUUCCUAAGAUGUGGCAAAUAGAACUGCACUCAGUUUUUGGAAUGCUGCACAAUUGUCAACAAAGGCCAGCUACUAGUUUAUGUUUAAUUUUCAGUAUUCUGAAUUAUGUUUAUUGGCCUAAAUUGGCACAGCAGCUCACUGGGUUGGUGUUUUAAGGAAGUAGUUUACUGCAUCUCCAAACACUGGAUACCAUCUAAAGCUUUAGUUUGUUGGUCUUGUAAAAUGAGGAUAAUAACUCCCUUACCUACCUCAAAAGAUAACCUUGGUUCAAACUCUUAAAGUUGUGUUAAUUGAAGUCCUUUACAAACUGUUAUAAAUAGAAAGGAUAGUUAUUAUUCUUUGUAACUGAGCUCAGAUCCUAUCAUAUUAUAAAUACAAUAUAACUAUUUUUCCCAAAUCUUUCCGUGCUAAAAAUAAUCCUGCCCAUAAGUAUAGCAAAAAAAAUCAUUUUCUUUUUUUUUCUUUUUUUUUAAGAUUUAUUUAUUUAUUUGAGAGAGAGUGCAUACGUGGUGGGAGGGGCAGAGGGAAAGAAUCUUCAAGCAGAUUCCCCACUGAGUGCGGAGCCCGUUUUGGGGAUCCAUGUAGAGCUUGAUCCCACAACCAAGACUUGGAAGCUCAACUAACUGAGCCACCCAGGUGCCCCUAAAAAUCAUUUUCUUUUCUUUCUUCCUUUCUUUUUUUCAAGUAUUUAUUUAUUUAUUUGAGAGAGAGCAUGAGUAGGGGGGAGAGGCAGAGAGAGAGGGAGAAGCAGACUCCCCAGUGAGCAGGGAGCCCGAUGUUGGGCUCCAUCCCAGGACCCUGAGAUCAUGACCUGAGCCAAAGGUGAUGCUUAACUGACUGAGCCACCCAGAUGCCCCUAAAAAUAAUUUUCUAUAUGAAUAGAUAUAAAACCAACUUCUAAAGAGUAAAUUAUAUACUGUGGUUCCCUUUUAUUCCACCCUUAGAGGACUGUCUUACAACAGUUGAUUAUUACUUCCUUUCUCCUACUAAGUUAUAUGUACUUGAAUUUCCAGUAAUUUUUAUCUUUGAUUUUAUACUAGCUGUUUUCUCAAUAUAAAUGCAAGAGUA